AUGCUUUCAUCACAAGGAACGACCGAUCCAGCUUCCUCUCCAACUUGUUCAUCCCCUUCCUCACCUCCAACUUCUUUCUCUUCUAAUGGCGAUCCCUCGUCAUUUAUGGCCAGACGCGCAUCUGCCACUCAAAUGGAACAAUACGGGCCUAUGUUGUUGAGACAUUGCAAAAGGGCUUUAUUGGUGCUUAAUUCUUUUUCAACUUCUACUGGAAAUAUAUUUAAUAACAAACCAACUUGUUCCUCAAAUUCUAUUAAUGAUUGCCCUUUGUUUUGUAAUUUAAGGAAAGCUGGUUGGGAAAUAGAGGUGAUCUGUACUUCACAAUCAGCUUUAGACGAAGUUCGCACUCGAAGACCUGUCAUUAUUUUAUUGGAUGGAAUUACUCAUUGUGGUAGUAGACGUAGAGAAUAUUUUGCUAAUGAAUUGUUUAGAUUGUUAAAAGAAGCACUUGUAGAACAAUCAAAACAAUUACUAACAACAGAUGUGGAAGAUGUUCUUUUUGUUUGGUUAUUUGAUAAAUUACCUAAUGAGAGGAGAUUGCGGCAUAUGUCUAAACAAAGUGUUGUUACUAAUGUAAGGAAAGAAAUUUUUUUUUGAUU